AUGUUUCCACCAAAUUAUUACAGGAAAUUCAAAGCAUCAGUAGUCAACUUUACAGCCUUCUUAGGUGCACCCAAACAUAACAAUGACAAUACUCCCUUUUCAAUCUAAUCAGAUAACCAUAUCAAUGUUCCCACCUUCUUCUCAAUAUCAAAGGAUAUUCCUUCCUUCCUACACUUGAUAAAUAAAUCAUUAAAUUUCUAUUCUGCUAUUCCUGGAUNCACAAACGGUUGUUACUAUGUGGGUUCAUAUAAUGCAAAAACAAAAAAGCGAGAAGGUAGAGGAAUAUUUUUUUCUAAGGAGGGGAAUAAAUUGAUUUAGGGAACAUUCUUGAAUGAUCUUCCUGAAGGGGAUGAAAUCGAAAUGUGGAGAGAAGAUGCUUUAGAUGAUACUACACAUGUGGAUUUAUCGAAUUGGGAAUACUUUAAGGGAGAGGUUGCUAAAGGGAUGAAAUAAGGGAAGGGAGAAUUAAGAUUUAAAAAUUAAAAUUAUUUUAGAGGAACAUUCAUUGAUGACGCAGUUUGUGGAUCUGGAGUUUAUUAUUAUUAAAGUCAUAGUGUUGAAGGCAUUUGGAUGAAUGAUAAAUUCAUAGCUGAACAUUGA